CAAUCUUCUCUUACGAAAUUUAAGGAGUAUACCUGGGAUUCUCCGGCCUGCCAAUUCUUGCUCGACGAUGAGCCCUUAAGAGAGGGUUUUCAGAGGAAUACACAACGUAUUAAAUUCAAACCACUUCCUCAAAAACACACAUGGCAGGCUAAGCCACCACUACGACAACACAGCCGUACCAAAAGCUCACUUUUCCACCCCGCCUGCUCGCACUUGUUCAGCUCUUUUAUUACUUUGAACCUUUCAAUAUUCUGGAACCAAUAGCGGAGCUUAAUUUUCCUCUUCGACGACUCUUUCGAAAUGGUCGGCGUCCGAGAGACUGAAAUCUAUCGCCGGGAUGCGCGACGCGAAGGAAGUCCGCUGACGGCCAAACAGCGCGAGGAGCUGCUCAGACCCUACCUCCCUUCCCCUCCCCCGCAGGCAAAUACAGUUUCUCGAAAGCAGCGAGGAGCUCGCGCUGUCUCCGAAUUUUUCAGAAUUCAGCUAUAUGUCCUCGUUUACACUCUGAUUCAUACCUUCUUCGGCUUAUACAUGCGAUUGCGCCAGUGGUACCAUGCCGUUUUAUACCGUAUUUUCGCUGUGCUAUAUUACCACCACCGAACACCACAAUUGAUUCAGAAAGAUGUCAAGGGAUUGAGCAGGCUACCGGAGCAUUUGAGCGUGAUUCUCGAGUAUAAUCCUGAAGAAAAAGGUGGCGAAGGCCUAGAGCAAUUAAUUGAAGAGAUUGCGGAGAUUGCAGCAUGGUCGGCUUGUGCAGGGAUUCCGUUACUCAGUGUAUACGAGAAGACAGGUAUCCUCAAGAGCUACAUACCUACUACACAUCGCGCCAUUGCAAAGAGACUCCAAGCAUAUUUUGGCACGCGCAGACCUUCACUGCAACUUCGCGCGCCACAUCUUCCCGCAUUUCUCAACGGCGAUCUUGUUGAUGAAUCUCACUCCGAUUCAAAUCAGGAUGGACCUGGACACCUCUCAGUUCUUCUACUCUCCGCUGAAGAUGGCCGGUCUACUAUGGUUGACCUGACUAAGACACUCACUGAAAUGUCUCAGCGGUCGAAGCUCUCGCCAAAUGAUAUUUCUGUCGAUCUCGUCGAUGUCGAAAUUCGUGAGAGCACUAUGGCCGAACCCGAUCUCCUCAUCCUGUUUGGCCCAGAUGUUGAACUACAAGGAUAUCCGCCCUGGCAGAUACGACUUACUGAGAUAUUCCACGUCCCUGAUAACACUGGAGUCGAAUAUCAAAUCUUUUUACGAGCUCUAUACCGAUUUGGAAAGGCGCAAAUGCGCUUUGGAAGAUAGACGGGAGGAAAACCACUCGGUUAGCGCAUGAUUUUCGCGGCACAUGAUUCCUGCGUAACUUUGCAUCAAAGCAUCAAAUAACUAGAUUAAAGGCUUGGGCGUUUAUCAGUAUACGAGUCUUGGGAAAGCUGCGCACGGUAGCUUUGGCAUAGCAAUUGUGUAGCACUUGCACCUUAGCAUCAUAACGCAUGCGUAAUAAAUGGUAAAGUCAUUAAUGCAUGCAUUGAAAUAUAUAUUUCUAUUCAGCGAUAAUUUUGCAGAUUGUAACCCAGAGCAUCUUCUUUACAUUCAGCUAAUAAUUAGAAUCAUUGUGAGAUGGA